AUGUUACCGACUCCCGCACCUUCCUCGCCACCCUCAUCUCCUAUAUUGGGAACACAGCCCGCGGUGACAGCUGAGGAUCAUGAUAUUGAUUAUCCCGUUCCUCCACAAAAUGUGGACAGUGCACCUUUUUAUGUGCUAUCUGCACUGUUUGACAAGCUACAGAAUGAACGGAAACCGGAGAAGAGGAGAAAGUUGCUUAAUUCAUGGUUCAAUCAUUGGAGGGCUGAGAAAGGGUUUGACUUAUAUCCCGUGUUGCGGUUAAUACUUCCCCAGAAAGAUCGCGAACGAGCUGUCUAUGGCCUGAAAGAGAAGAACCUAGCGAAGACGUAUAUCAAGAUCAUUCCUCUUGGUAUGAGAGACCCAGACGCGAUUCGCCUUCUGAACUGGAAGAGGCCUACUGAGAGAGACAAAGUAUCUGGUGACUUUCCAACUGUUUUGUACGAAGUCAUCAGCAAACGUUCCUCCGUCAUCGAGGGCUCGUUGAGUAUCGAUGAAGUCAACGAAGCCCUCGACCAACUCUCUAGAAAUAUGGGUAAACAUGACAUACAGACAAGAGUUCUUCAGCGCAUUUACAACAGGAGCACACCAGAGGAACAACGCUGGAUUGCCCGCAUCAUUCUCAAAGAUAUGAUUAUCUCAGUGAAGGAGACCACAGUUUUCUCUGUCUUUCAUCCAGAUGCACAUGACCUCUUCAAUACCUGCUCGGACCUGAAGAAGAUCGCCUGGGAGCUUUGGGAUCCGCAUAGGAGGUUGAACGAAGAAGACAAAGCCGUCCAGCUGUUCCGUGCAUUUGCCCCGAUGCUGUGCAAGCGGCCAACACGAAAGAUUGAAGACUCGGUCAAAGAAAUGCAAGGUGGAACUUUCAUAAUAGAAGAAAAAAUGGACGGCGAACGCAUGCAAUUGCAUAAGCGCGGUAACGAGUACUUUUAUUGCUCAAGGAAGGGCAAGGACUACACCUAUCUCUAUGGGAAGCAUGUAGGGACGGGGAGUCUGACGCCAUUCAUAGACGCUGCUUUUGACCCACGGGUUGAUGAGAUCAUCUUGGACGGAGAAAUGUUAGUAUGGGAUCCCGUUGUCGAGAGAAACCUCCCGUUUGGUACACUGAAGACAGCAGCCCUCAACAAAUCCAAGAAGGAUUAUAAUCCACGGCCAUGCUUCAAGGUGUUUGACCUCCUUUACCUCAACGGCCUCUCGCUGCUGCACAAAUCCUUGAAGUUCCGCAAACGGAACCUGCGCGCGUGCCUCGCAGAGGUGAAAGGCCGAAUCGAGUACGCGGUGGAGUUCGAGGGCUGCACUGCCAAGGAUGUGCGCGACCGCAUGGAUGAGAUCAUGGCUUCCCGAGGCGAGGGGCUUGUACUGAAGCAUCCAGAAUCGGAGUAUGUGUUGAACGGGCGUAAUAGGGACUGGAUCAAGGUCAAGCCAGAGUACAUGGACAACAUGGGUGAAACGGUCGAUGUGCUCGUCGUGGCUGGUAACUAUGGCACGGGAAGACGUUCCGGGGGCGUGUCGACUCUUAUUUGUGCAGUCUUGGACGACCGGCGUCCUCCUGAGGACGACGAACCUAAAUACAGCACUUUCGUGCGAAUAGGCUCAGGUCUAUCGUACGCCGACUACAUAUGGAUGAGGCAGAAACCUUGGAAGGUUUGGGACGAGAAGAAUCCGCCCAGCUUCCUGCAGGCAUCGAGUAAGGGACAUGAAGACAAGGGCGAUAUCUAUCUCGAGCCAGAGGACUCGUUCAUCGUCAAAGUGAAGGCGGCAGAAAUCGUCAGCUCAGAACUCUACCACAUGGGGUUGACAAUGAGAUUCCCUCGGGCGCUGACGAUACGUGAUGAUCUGAGCAUUGCUGACUGUAUGACUGCGUCCGCUAUCCUUGAGGGUGUAAGGUCAGAGAAAAAGAGAAAAAUGGAUACGGAUGACGGGAAGCCGAAGAAGAAAGCCAGGCGAACUGCGAAGAAGCCUGCCCUUCUCCGAGAAUAUCAAGGAGGUAAGAUGACCGAUGUAAAGAUUGAAAGCGAUCUCUUCGAGGGUAUGAAGUUCAUGGUGGCCUCCGAUCCCAAGUCACAGGCAGGCGAGCAGGACAAGAAGGAGCUGCUGACGCUAAUACAUGCGAAUGGCGGCAAGUAUGUGCAUAUUGCUAAUAGUGAUCCAAACAUGCUUGUUGUCUAUGGAGGAACAACGACUCCGUACGACAUCAAGUUGAUCAUGAACAAGGGCAUCUGCGACAUCAUCAAACCGCGCUGGAUCACGGACUGCAUUGCGAAGAAAGAUUUGGUUCCCCUCCGGAAGAAAUAUUUCUUUCAUGCCACCGAAGUGCGUAAACUGAGUGAGGAGUACGGGAUGGAGGAUGAAAGUGAAGACGAACAUAUCGCUGUGCCCAUCGCCAGCCCAACCCCUGAAGCCUCUACUGCUGCAGAGGGGAAGGAGCUAGAGGAUGUCGAUCCCGCAAUGGCAGAGUGGUUCAAGGUGGACGAGAAAUUGCUGGAAAAGCAGGAAACAGCGACACUUGAUGAUGGGAGCGAAACUGAACCAGAUUCUGAUAAUGAGGAUGUUCGGUGGAACGAAGACGCUGUCGCGGAAGAACUGGACGAUGAUUGGUUCAACGUCAAGUCCGCAGACGCAGCCGAGCCUACGUCCCAGACUGCUUCUAGCUCUCAAGGCGAGGAGAAUGCUUUACAGGACGACCCCAAAGACAGCAUUCAAAUGGGGGAGGAUGACAGCAUGGAGUAUGAUCAGUAUCUCAUUUUUAAGCACUUAUGCUUCUACCUCGAUUCACCGGCAAAUGCGAAAAAACACGGCAUGAUUGUCAAAUCCAAGCACGAGGAUGACAUCGGUAGAAACUUUGACUCACUAUCGAAGAUUCUUAAGGAGAAUGGCGGCCGUGUUGUUGACCUGGACGAGCCGAAGCUGACCCAUGUGGUCGUCGACAAGCGCGAUACGAGUCGGCGGGUGGAACUCAUCAAGCGAACAUCGAAACCCAAGCGACGUAAUCUUGUCAUAUCCGAGUUCAUUCAAGCUUGCCUAGAUGAAGGGACUCUACUGGACGAGGACGAAUUUGCGCCUUGA